AACAUGGCGGCGCUCUGGGAGAUUUGCAGAGUUACUAUAAACAUUCACUUUUAUGCGAAUAAAAUCCAUCAGUGAGUAAAAUAAACGCACCAAAGUUUCCGUGUUAUAUUAUAUUUAGCACACGUUCGUAAAUCGUGAAAAACGGUUAACGAUCUUCUCUAUUUAUACUCAUAAACCUGUAAAAACUACUGCCAUUGUAGUUUUGUUUGUUUCUACAUUAUUCGAGUAUCGGACAAUAGACCGCCGCAUGUUUGAAAACCGGAUCAAGUAGGAAUAUCCAGCAUCCGACAUUGAAUAAUACGGGCUAACUGCAUACACGUACAUUAGAGAUUAAACAGUGCUGUAAAUAAGAAGUGAGUAGAAGUAUGUAAAUUGAGAUUCGUGUUUAUAAAUGCUGCAUUAUUCUCAUCAUCCUAAACGAAGACUUGUUUCAACACGAACAGGAAUAACUCCAGGUGUUACAACUGAGAUCUGAGUGAUAAAUCAUUGUAAAAUGAUGUUUAUUAAAGAAGAGAGUGAGGACAUGAGUUAUCCAGAACCAUGCAGUUCAAAUGCCAUGAAAGAUGAAGAGACUGAGGAACAAAGAGACCUGAUGGACAUGGAAGAGGAGAAUCAAGAAUUGAAUGAAGUGGAGGAGAAACACCAUCCGGAUCAGACACUUUAUAGUUUCAAUAUGGAACAAAACUCUUUUAGUGACUCACAGACUGAAAAUUAUUUCUCACAAAAGAGAACUAAAAGAACAAGAGUAAAGCAUUAUUUUACCUGCCUUCAGUGUGGAAAGAGUUUUGGACAAAAACAAGAUCUUAAGCGUCACAUUCGAGUCCACACUGGCGAGAAGCCUUUCACCUGCCAUCAGUGUGGGAAGAGUUUUACACGUAAAGCAAGUCUUCAUAAGCACAUGAGAAUUCACACUGGAGAGAAGCCUUUCACAUGCCAUCAGUGUGGGAAGAGUUUCAGAGAGGCAUGUAGUCUCAAAACUCAUCUGUCCUUGCACUCUGGAGAAAAGUUAUAUAGCUGUGAUCAGUGCUGCAAAACAUUUUCUUCUAGAUCAGUCUUAAGAACACACCGGAAGAUUCAUGCAAUUGAGAAGACUUACUUGUGUUCACUUUGUGGAAAGAGUUUUUCACAGCUGCACAGAUUUAAAUAUCACCAGAGUAAACACACCGGUGUGAGAGAUCAUGUAUGCUCUGAGUGUGGGAAGGCCUUUCUAAGAGCUUACAACUUGGAACUGCACCAAAGAAUCCACACUGGAGAAAAACCUUACAAGUGUUCAUAUUGUGAAAAGAGUUUAGCUAUUUCAGGAAACCUGAAAGCACACGAGAGAGUGCACACUGGAGAGAGGCCAUACAAAUGCACUUCAUGUGGGAAGAGUUUCAGCCAAUCAAGCACUCUACAGACUCAUAGAAAAAAACAUUGUCCAGGGUUGACACACUGAGCAAAGUUCAUCUUUAUUUGCCAUGCAAAUGGGAUAAAAAUAUUUAAAAAGAACAAUUACAAUUAAUUGGGUGAACUGCUAAAUUAACUGCAGAGCUAAUUGAGCUGUCAUUGUGUGCAACAGGUGGAAGAACAUUUAAAGAAACUAAAAGGAAUUCUCGUUUCCUUUCCUUGCUACAUUCGCUGCAUCUUAGCUCCUUCCAUUUAGGAUGCGAGGAUGCAAGGAAAGGAAAUGAGAUGGAGUAAUUAAAGCAAGAUGCAUUUGUGAAAUGGAAUGUACUUGCGCACUCUAGCAUCACUUUAAAGCUUUGCACAGUUGCAUUAAUUGGGCAGGGCUCCAGACUAAAAAAACAUAACUGCAGAGCCACUGGUCCUAAAUGGAAACAUAGCCAAAUGGCUAUUUUUAGUUGCCAAAUUACAGAAUUGCUCAAUCUAGUUGUUCAGAAGCAAGAUAAAAGCCGAAGAAGUGAAAGACAGCUGAUUAGGUAGAGAUAGAAUGUGAAGAAAUUCAGUUUUAAAUAGACAGAGUACAAGAAGACUUCAUGUGUGGAAUUAAUUCUUCUGAAAAAAUAAAAAUAGUCAGGUCAGUGUUGGAAAACAACAUUUUUAAUUAAAAGUUGACACUAUAUCUCUCACUUUUCUUUAAGCUAAGAAAUAUAAAAUCUACAAUUAUGUCUUACCUGAAAUAGGAAUUUAAGGUUUUGAUUGAUUUGACAUAAGAUAUAUCUUAAUAUUUAUUGUGUUUUCAAGGAUGUCUUACAAAGUGGGUAUUCAUACCACAUGGGCAAGUAUUUCACACUGUGACAUACCAAUUACCAUGCUGACUUUGAUGCCAUUAUCCACAUACCGCAUUGCAUUGAAAACAACAGAUGAAAUAAAAGAAUGGUUAAAGUCUAUGCCAGUGACAUUGAGAAUUGACAAUACUAGGCCAACAACAGGGCAAAAUAUUUUUAAAGUAAGUUGAUCCUUAUAACGCUGUUGUUAAUUAAGAGUAUUUGGAAUUAAUGUUCAGUGUUGGUAGUAAUGGACAUGUAACCUGGAUGACAUACAAAAUAAAGUAUUGUUGUCAGAACUAAUGGUACCUUUAUGGGUAGAACAGUUGACACUUGGGCAGUACCCUCCACUGUAUCCAUUAACAUUUUAAGUUGUACCAUAUCCACCUCCUGAAAUAUGACCUGCAGGUGGCACAUGGGGAUGAUUAUCUCUAUGCUUCAGCAGACCGGUUUGUGUGUCCUGACCUGCAGUUCUGUUACAGGUAUGGUGGUUUGCAUACUUUCAAAUUGUAAUGACUCAUUUUCUGAUAGUUGAGUGGUUUAUUUGAAUGUUAGAUCAGUGUAGUUUUAUGCUGAUGUGUUGCAUUUUCCACUGGUUGACAGAUUAUAUCAUCAGAUUUUUCAACAGGAGUAUGGCAGUGUAGGUGGUAAAGCCAUGACAGGUGCUUAGGAGAGGCAGGUUGCAGAAUACAACAGCCAGUGCAGGGAUGAGUGUGCCAAAAUGAUCACCACCGCUGAUGGUAGGCAGUUAAUUGUUUCUAUCUGUUCACCACUAAUGAAGAGGGUGCAUGCUGGCAUCAACUACAGCAGGGAAAUGUGCAUCAUGGAUGCAUCUGGCAAUAUUGAUCUUCAACAUUGCAAUGUGUUUUUGAUGUUAACACAGCUGUGCUGGUGGUCUUCCCUUAGUGGAAUGAUUUAAUAAAACCCUGAAAAAUAUGAUUCGUAAGUUUGUACACAAGGAUGCUAGAAAUUGGGAUAAAUGGCUCGAACCCCUGUUAUUUGUAGUGCAAGAGGUCCCACAAGCCUCCACAGGGUUUUCCUCAUUCAAGCUGCUGUAUGGUCGCCGGCCGUGCGGUGUGCUCGACGUCAUACAGGAAACUUGGGAGGAGAGACCUUCAAACAGUAAAAAUGAAAUUCAGUACGUUCUUUAUCUUAGAAGGGCGGAGGCAGGGGCUCAUAAAACUGGUUGGCGUAAUUUCUAACAGCUGUUUCUUGUUACAGUGAUGGAGGGGAGAAACCUCUAAAAGCAGCCAAGACACGCCAGAGAGGAGAGAGAGCAACACGAGAGUGUAUUUAGAGUGUAUGUUAUUUAGAGUCUGUUUUUGAGAGUUUAUGUUCAGAGAGUGUUUUCGUUUGAGUGAAGAGCCCAGGAGGCAAGAGCAAAUAAAGUCUUACAUGAAUUGCUUCGUUGUUUCCCGUAUCCUCCUGUGACCGAACGUCCAAACUUAUCACAAAGAGUAAAAACACGUUCAUAUACUGGAAGCUGCAAUUGUAGAUGUCUCCCGUUAUCAUAUUAAUGGACAAAGAUGUAAACAGCUGAUUAAAAUGCUUUGUCUCAUCUAAUGUUAACCAUUUAAAAUUUGCACUGAACUUCAAACUUAGUGGCUGUUUGUUUUUUGCAACUUAUACGAUAUGGUGUCCCUCUGUUCAGGGGCGCCUGCAGGAUUUAAUCACAGAAAUCUGCCUAAUAAACCUUGUAUCUAGGGGUUCUGGGGGCAUGCUCCCCAGGGAGAUUUUUUUGUGUGCAAAAAAACAACACCAAAGCAUUCAAUUCUGGUGACUUUGAGAUAAACAUUUGUUUUAUUUUUUCGAGUAUGAGCAGCAUUCAUGUAACUAUUGGCUAAAGCAUUUCUUCCAGUAACUGUUCAGACAGACGCGUUUUCACGCUAAAAAAGCAAAACGCACCACAACGAAUAGAGCAGACCAUUUUUAUCAGUUGAAGUUCUUUUAAUUUGACACAUCGUCUAAACAUGCAGCGCUCCCGUGAGAGAUGCUAAAAACAUAGUGAAACGUAAGGCAGUUGUCAAAAGACAUCCAUCUAGCGAAUGUUUACAUGGAAAACAAGUGAAAAACAGCGCGAGCGGAUGCAAAAACGUUCAUUUUGAACAGCCCCUUGUUCACGACACAGCACUAGCUCAAGUUUCUCAAAGUUACCUCUCAAAAAUACAGCCUUUUGUUUCAGUUGAUUGUUGUUACAUUUCCACUGUAUGCAGCGUUGUUUGUUCUCUUUAUUCGUAAAUAUCCCGAUAAUGUUUUACUGUGUGAGGAAACCGCUCCAAAUGAUUCAGUGAGAGAACGGACCGAACGAAUUGUACUGAAUCACGAAUUGAUUCAGACCGUUUUGCAAGCCUGUUUGGCCAAUUCACUGAAAAAACCUACUCAUUGCCAAAAUUGGGCAUUGCUAGUUCUUUUAAACAGCCAACAGAAAUACGGGAUACAUUUCAUGAUUGAUGAAAUAUUUCUCAGGGCAGUCGGAGCGCACAUGGUAUGCACAGUGCAAACGGCCAUACAGCUGCAGGCGCCCCUGCCUCUGUUUACUUAGUUAUUGUAUUAAGUACAUUUUUCAGGUAUCUGUACUUUAUCAGAGUAUUUUUAUUUUGAAAUGAAUUAAUAGCGUUUUAAAUUUA